GCCCUCAGGACCUGCCUCCUCUUGUUACUUUUAGAGCCUUUGCAUCUACUACUGGAAGAUGACCUCUUGGGGCCGUCUGGGCUCCCAGGAGCACCCUCCAAGGAUGGUGAGCCCCCCAGGAGGGCGUGGUGUGGCAUUAACCCCUGAGGCUCAUGCCCGGGCCAGCCCUUCAGCCAUGACCCAUCAGAGCUUCUUAGAUCUUCUCAAGAAGCAGUUCCCCAGGUUCCCCCCUCACUUGCCGGCCCAGGUGGAGAGCAUUUACCACUCGCUUCAGAGGCUCCGGCAGGGUCUGCAGGAACAUCACAGACAGGCAGAACACUUCCUACGGACCAUGGAGACCUACAGCCAACCUCCCUUUGGUGAGCAGGCUGACCAGGACUCCUUAGGGCCAGCCGGCCCCGAGGCUCCCUGGCAGCCAGGGGUCAAGCCCCCGCAGCCAUCUGGUCUCCAGGGGCCAGCCUUCGAAGACAUCAUGGCCAGGAAGUCAUCUGACUGGCUCCAGCAGCCCUCCGGAGUGGACGGCGCCCCCGUCCACCAGCUAGCCACGCAGCCGUCCUGGGACUCAGAGCCCCAGUUUUGGCACGAUAUCCUGACUCUGCAACUCUGGGAGAUUUUUGCUCGGAACCCCAAUAAGGUGGACGGGCCAGGACACAGGCUGACAGAACAGAUGCCAGGCCUGCAAAGCGGGGAGCCAGGACCGUGCUACUCAGGAGUGGAACCAUGUACCGAAGACGCCUCGGUUCUCAGCCCUCCGGCACCCACCUACAGCUCCCCCAUGGGUUCCCGAGUAGAGGGCACAGGGCCAGGCAUGGCACCAGGGGGGACGUUCUCCCGUGUGGGCCAGGAGCCUGCUGGGAGAGUCUGUCGCCUCAUGAAGCCCAUAUUCUGGGACCCCGAGGAAUUCGAAGACACCUGGAAGAGGCCGGACGCCUUGCCCUGCCAAUCCAAGAAGCUGGCCGUCCCGUUCAGGAUGGAGAGGGUGCGCACGCUGAGACACGGAGAGCCUGUGCUGGCCACGGCGGUGAGCAGCUUCACGCGGCACGCGUUCACCUGCGGCAGGAGUGGCGUCAAGGUGUGGAGCCUGGUCCGCCGAGUGGUGGAGGACAGGUUACCCGAGAGCCACCUGCCUGUGCAGACCUGCGGGGCAUCCCUGCGCACCUGCCUGCUGUUCUCCAACAGCACCACCCUGCUGACGGGUGGCCACAACCUGGCUGGUGUGAGCGUGGUGGGAGCGUGGGACCUGACGGCCCCCGCCCUACACGUGAGAGCUGAGCUGCCCUGCGCAGGCCUCACCUGCCAGGCCCUGGCCGCGAGCCUGGCGGACAGCCUGGCCUUUGCCAGCUUCACCAAUGGAACCAUCAGAAUCUGGGACCUGCGGGACCAGAGCAUGGUCAGGGACCUGCUGGGCCCCCCAAAUGGAGCCAAGAGCAUUUCUGUCAAAGGCGAGAACAUCUGGGCAGGGGGUCUGGACGCCUGCCUGCGGUGCUGGGACCUGAGGGCCACCGGGGAGCCUCAGGAACACCAAUUUGAGUCCCAGAUAAUAAGCAUGUCCCCCAGCCCCCGGGAGGACUGGCUUCUGGUGGGCACAGCCAACGGCCAGCAGUGGCUGCAACCCACCUGCGGGGGCCAGAAGCACAUGGUGGGCUGUAAGGACAGCACCAUCCUCGGUCUCAAGUUCUCCCCCUUGGGCCAGUGGUGGGUGAGCGUUGGGAUGGACAACCUGGCCAGCAUCUACAGCAUGCCCAAGGGGGCCGUGGUGUUCCAGGUACCCGAGACCUCCUCCAUCACGUGCUGUGACGUGUCCCUUAACAACCGCCUGGUCGUCACGGGGUCCAGGGAUCACGCCUCAGUGUACCAGAUCACGUACUGAGGGGCUUGCCCGUGUCAUCUCAACUCAGGGUCCUUUUUUUGGUCUUUGUCCCCCAGGCACAGGAGGGCACGGUGGAGGGGCGUGGUGUGGGGGGCCCGGUGGUCUUUGUCACGUGUAAUAAAGCCAUUGGA